AACAGGUGACCAUGGUCCACAUAAAUGUCUGCACCUGCGAGAUCCGCACCCUCUCCGAGCCGAAGCCCUCCGUGGCCCCCACCGUCGCCACUACCCCCAGCAACGGCGAUUUCCAAGUCUGCAGCACCGCGGUGAACGCUACGGGGCGCCUCAGGACCAUCGAUGGGGCCGUGGUGGGGGUGACCUCGACUCAGAAGAGCAUCGCUACGUCCGACCCUCCUGUCUCGCCCGCACCGGCUGCCAACCCUGAGCCAUGCGUGCCAAUGUGCCAGCCGUGCAAAACAGCAGGCCCCUGGCGGAUCGACGCCUCUCAACAGCAGACAACCCUCCCACCUGACCUGAACGCGACUGACAGCGGGGUUUCCGCAUCCUGCGUUCCGGGGGGCUUCGGGCAAGUGGCAGUGACCUUCUCGAGCACCCUGUUCCGGUGGUCGUGGAAGAGGCCCGACUUCUACCGCAUCGUCGUCAUGGAGGGGCAGAGUGACUUGAGCAGGACCUGCCGAGAGCUGCCCCUUGACAGGACCAUGAUCAAGGGCGUCGUCACCACCCUUGAGCGCCCCUUCCUGGCGACAGACGCGCGGUGGAAUCCAUUCAAAGGUACGAACUCGACGGAAGUGACGUUCAUCAUCGGCGGCAGCGACAACGCCUGCAACAGCACGGACAGCAGCACUUACGCUGCGCUGUUUUGCAACAGGGCGCUCACGCCGGGCAAAGUGUACACGGUCUUCGUCCAGGCGGUCAUCGCCGUGCCCCACAUGAUCGUCACGGCGCCCCUGGUGGCCGUCACAGUACGCUUCGAUGGCCUCACAGACGAAGUGCAGCUAGUUAAACUGACUCAGCCGAGCGACCGAGCUGCCAACGCGCCUGCAUAA